AUGGCGCUGAAGCAUAUGCCUUGGUUAUCUUCUCGGUGGGCGAUCCUGCUUCUUCUCUUGCAGUCCUGGAUUGUGACUGCGAUUAAGCUUGAUCUGGAAAGUGAUGAGUCAAUCAAACUCGCCGCAAAGACAGCUGCCCAGGGGAUGAUGAAGUACUAUACCGGCCAUCAACCAGGAAAUGUACCAGGAAACCUGCCCGACCCCUACUACUGGUGGGAAACGGGCGCUAUGUUCGGCAGCUUAAUUGAUUACUGGUUCUACACGGGAGACAGCCAGUGGAACGACAUUGUCACCGAAGGAAUGCUCUGGCAAGUUGGCCCAGAUAGCAAUUUUAUGCCUCCCAACCAGACCUUGACUGAAGGGAACGAUGAUCAGGCAUUCUGGGCCAUUGCGGCCAUGUCGGCCGCUGAACGGAAAUUUCCUAACCCCCCAUCCGAUAAGCCGCAGUGGCUUUCUCUGGUAGAAGCUGUUUUUAACUCGCAGAUUCCUCGCUGGGACACCACAACUUGUGGCGGAGGCUUAAAGUGGCAGAUCUUUCGGUUUAACAGAGGGUUCGACUAUAAAAACACAAUAUCAAACGGUGCCUUCUUUCAGAUGGGUGCUCGGCUGGCUAGGUAUACCGGAAACGAGACAUACGCAAAGUGGGCAGAGAAGGCGUGGGAUUGGUCCAGGGCUAUUGGACUAAUAAACGAGAACUAUCAGUUCUUUGAUGGCUCAAGUGACACAUUGAACUGUACAGAGCUAAACAGGCUCCAGUGGACUUAUAACGCUGGAAUAUACCUCCUCGGAGCAGCUGCCAUGUACAACUAUACCAGCGGUAGUCCCAAAUGGGAAGAACGAGUACAAGGGAUUCUCGAUGGCCUCCGCCCAUUCUUCCAUCCUGAAACUUAUGUCAUGUCUGAGAUUUCGUGCGAGGAACAGGGCAAUUGUGAGACAGACCAGAGAUCGUUCAAAGCUUAUCUCGCCCGUUGGAUGGCAGUUAGUACUCAGUUUGCCCCUUUUUCAACAAACUUCAUCAUGCACCGGCUUCGAGCAUGCGCCAGAGGAGCAGCAGAGGCAUGCACCGGAGGCGACGAUGGAACAGCAUGUGGGCUUAAGUGGACAUUCGGAAAAUUUGACGGCAGCACUGGGGUAGGCGAACAGAUGGCUGCUAUGGAAAUCUUUCAAUCCAAUCUCAUCCGUAAGGCUGUACCCCCCGUCACCCAAUCUACCGGCGGAAUAAGCAUGGGCGGUCCAGGAGGCUCUGGGAAAGGGAAAGGCGAUGGGCCUAAGAUACCCAGGCCUAUUACGGGUUCGGAUAAAGCUGGAGCAGCUAUCCUUACGCUAUUAAUGCUCUGCACUCUAUGCGGAGUUUCAUAUUCAAUGGCUGUUGGAUGA